GUGAUGGGAAGUGUGAGAUCACACCGGUACAGCAUAGUUUCCUCUGAGGAAGGCGGGAUGAAGCUGUCCCCCAUCACCUUGCAAAAUGGCUACGGCAAUGGAAAUGUGGGCGGCAAAGUUCACACGCAGCAGCAAACGCAAACCCGCUUCGUCAACAAGGACGGACGCUGCAACGUGCAGUUCAUCAACAUGAGCGAAAAAGGUCAACGCUACCUGGCCGAUAUCUUCACGACGUGCGUUGACAUCCGCUGGCGUUGGAUGAUGGUCCUUUUCUGCCUCUCCUUCCUGCUAUCCUGGCUGCUCUUUGGACUUAUAUUUUGGUUCGUUGCACUUUCAUCCGACUCGGAGAAUCAAGAACAGAUAUGCAUUUCGAAUGUUGACAGCUUCACAGCAGCCUUCCUGUUUUCUGUGGAGACGCAAACAACUAUUGGUUAUGGCUACCGAUAUGUAACGGAGGACUGUCCCUUUGCUGUCUUCAUGGUGGUUUUCCAGAGCAUCUUGGGAUGCAUCAUUGAUGCCUUCAUCAUUGGUGCGGUCAUGGCUAAGAUGGCCAAGCCUAAGAAAAGAAACGAAACCCUUGUGUUCAGUCACUAUGCCACAAUAGCCAUGAGAGACGGUAAACUGUGUCUAAUGUGGAGGGUCGGGAAUCUCCGGAAAAGCCACCUGGUGGAAGCUCACGUUCGCGCCCAGCUGCUCAAAUCCCGCACCACCGCUGAAGGCGAGUUCAUCCCGCUGGAUCAGAUAGAUAUUGAUGUCGGAUUCGACACUGGCAUCGACCGCAUAUUUUUAGUGUCCCCCAUCACCAUUGUGCAUGAGAUUGAUGAGGACAGUCCUUUCUAUGACAUGAGCAAACAGGAACUGGAAAGUUCGGAGCUGGAGAUAGUGGUAAUUUUGGAGGGCAUGGUGGAAGCUACGGCCAUGACCACGCAGUGUCGCAGCUCUUACGUGACGAGCGAAAUCCUGUGGGGCCAUCGCUUUGAGCCAGUCCUUUUUGAGGAGAAAAACCAUUACAAGGUGGACUACUCUCGCUUCGAGAACACUUACGAGGUUCCCAGCACGCCUCAAUGCAGCGCUCGACAUUUGGCUGAAAAGACGUACAUCAGAUCUAGCUCCAACUCUUUUUGUUACGAGAAUGAAGUAGCAUUCAUGGAUAAAGAGGAAACAGAGGAUGACGACGAUGAUGAUGAAGAAGAUCAGAAGAACAUUAGAAGAGACAGUGUGGCUUUGGACAGAUCCAAUAUUGAUGACGUCAAAAGCACAGCUUCUAGUCAGGAUACUUAUCCACUACAACUCAAACCUUUAAGACAACAGCCUGAGAUAUGA